UUGUUCUUGCGGUGGAGAAGAUCACGAGCAAGGGUGGCGGACGCGGGAGCUGGAUCGAUCACCAUAUGAACUACUUCUUCUGGCUCUUGGCGGCGCUCGAUCUUUGCUUGUUUCUUGUGUGUGUCCGCUGCUCUAGCAAUUGACGCGGACGAGAAUUUCCCGCGAAUUAGGGCUCUUACGCUAGGGUCGCCAUGGCAGGAGCCAUUGUAGCGAUCUUCCUCGCGCUCGCUGCGAUCGCCGCCGCUAGGAUCAUCCAGCUACCCGAAGAAUCCCGAGAGAAGCGGCCGCUGAUAGGGAUUCUCACUCAGCCUGGCGAUGGCGAUGGCAGGAGCUACAUCAACAGGCUGGAGCCCGGCGAUCCCAGGCGCUCCAACAUAUCUUACAUCGCUGCCUCGUAUGUGAAAUUCGUCGAGGCCGGGGGUGCUCGCGCCGUUCCUUUGCUUUACAACGAGCCUUGGGAGACGCUAGCGAAGAAAUUCUCGCUGAUCAAUGGCAUUUUGUUCGCUGGUGGGAGCGCAAGCUUGCAAGAUGGUCCUUACUACCGCGCCGGCGAGUUUCUCUUCAAGAGGGCACUGGAAGCAAAUGAUAAGGGAGAUUAUUUUCCCGUGUUUGGGACGUGCUUGGGUCUGGAACUUCUAGCCGUGAUCGUCAGUGGCAACCAUUCCAUCCUGGACGAUUACAACGCACACAAAGCUGCUGGAGAGCUAAACUUCGUGGGCGACUGGGCCAAAGGGCGCAGCAUGUUUACGUGGUUUCCUAAGGACAUUCUGGACAAGGUGGAGCACGAGAAGCUUGCAAUGCAGAAUCACAUUAAAGGUCUAUCUCCACAGGCUUGGAGAGACACACAGCGCCUUAGAGAUUUCUUCGACGUGCUAACUACAACUCCUGACCUGAAUGGAAAGAUAUAUAUUUCGACGAUUGAAGGGCGCAAGUAUCCAGUAACUAGUGUGCAAUGGCAUCCCGAGAAGAAUGCUUUCGAAUGGGGAUAUGAAGGAAUACCUCACUCUCCGGAUGCCGUUCGAAUUACACAGAGCGCCGCGAGCUUCUUCGUCAGCGAGGCUCUGAAGUCAAGCCACACAGCUUCUUGGGAAGAAGAAGAGCAGCUAUUGAUCUACAACUAUUCGCCAAUCUAUUCCGGCCGAGACGGGAAGGGACACUUCGAUCAAUCUUACGUCUUCUGGUGAAGCAAUCUGAUAAUAAAACUACUGUUAUUUUAGCUGAGGUC